CGGUAAUAACAGGUCCUUGACGUUAGCUUCUCAGGUAUAUAGCAGCUAUCUCAUUUGGUCACAGCAUCAAUUUGAUUUCAAGAAUCCUCCGAACUCUUCCGUUUAUUUUUCUCCUCUGAAAAAUGGCCUCAAGAUAUUUAUUGAUUAUCUCCGUGGCUAGUGUUAUUCUGGCAGUCACGAAAUCGUAUCCCUCUGGUGCCCCCGAAGACACAUGUAAAACUUUCAACGCAAACCACACUGGAGUGUCAGCACAGAAUUCUCAACCGAAAUAUGAUUUAACUGUCAGUCCCUCAAGCGUCGCUCCAGGAGGAAUUGUCAAAGUGACUUUGCAAGGAACUGGGGGUGAGACUUUCAGAGGAUUUUUCAUUCAAGGGUUUGACGCUAGCAACAAAGCUGUUGGAAAGUUUAGGAAACAAGCUGAUGCACAAACCAGAGACUGCAGUGGCCCUGGAUCAGCGACCGCAGCUACUCAUGUCAAUAAUAACGACAAGACAAAAGUGGUUCUAACUUGGCAAGCUCCAGCGUCCUUUUCAGGAAAAGUUAAUUAUAGAGCUGUUGUUGUAAAGACAUACGAGUAUUACUGGAACAACAUAAAGAGCAAUCAACUCACGGUGGCUUGAAUCCACUAGAUGCACUUCACAUAGCUUCUGUUCUUGAUUUAAAUUAAUACCAUUUGUUGAACAGAAGCUCGUUUUUUCCUUAAUUUGAAUCAGAUUUCAUCAAAAGUGCUUCAGCGCCAUUUUAAAGCACUUAAGAUCUUGUGAUAAAUGAGAAUAAAGAUUUUUUCUUUUUUUCAAAA